AUGGCAGACGAGCCUUACAGACUGAUGGCUUCCGCAGCCCGUGCCAAGAUCCUGGCGGGCGAGUUGACCUUGGAACAGUACGCCCGAUCGCUGCUCUCUCACAUUGAGAAGCGAGACCCCGUCGUCAAGGCGUGGGAGUAUGUCAAUCCGGAGCAAGUGAUUGAGCAGGCAAAGAAGCUCGAUGCGAUACCGCCAGAGCAACGCGGCCCUCUGCACGGCGUUGCCAUCGCCGUCAAGGACAUCAUCUACACCAAAGGCGAGCAUACACUGCAAUGCAUACCGCGCAUGCCGACACAACAUGGCUCGGCGAUAUACAAAGGCGACGCGCCGCAGGUGGACGCUGGCUCCAUCAUCAUUCUGCGAGAUGCCGGUGCAUUGCUGCUUGGCAAGACAACGACAACAGAGUUCGCGGCGACGGUCCAAGGCCCCAAGACUUUCAACCCCCACGCCAUCGCUCAGGGCAAGACGCGGACGCCAGGCGGCUCCUCCUCCGGCUCAGGCGCCGCCGUCGCCGACUUCCAGGCCCCGAUCGCCCUGGGCACUCAGACCGGCGGCAGCACCAUCCGCCCGGCGUCUUUCAACGGCAUCUACGCCCUCAAGCCGACGUGGAACGCCAUCAGCCGGGAGGGCCAAAAGAUUUACUCCCUCAUUCUGGACACGCUAGGCUUCUUCGCCCGCAGCGUCGAGGAUUUGGAGCUCCUCGCCGAUGUUUUUGAGCUCCGGGACGACGAGCCCCCCAAGGAGAAUUUUGAGAUCAAGGGCGCCAAGAUUGCUCUGUUGAAGACCAUGGUCUGGCCUCACGCCGGGCCCGGAACCAAGUCUGCGCUAGCUAAGGCCGCAGAGCUGCUCAAGGCACAUGGUGCCGAUGUCCAAGAGAUUGAAUUCGCGCCCGAGCUCCAGGACUUGCCAAAGUGGCAUGCGACGGUGCUGCAUGCCGAAGGAAGGGUGAACUUUUUGCCGGAAUACCGGGUUGGUAAGGACAAGUUGCAUGAGUUCCUGAUUGGCCACGUGGAAAACGAGAACAAGAUUACCCGGGCGCAGCAGUUGGAAGCAUUCGAUAACAUUUCGUUGGCGCGCCCCAAGGCGGACAAGAUGCUGGCCAAAUACGACGCCGUCCUGGUGCCGAGCUCGGUGGAUGAGGCGCCCGAAGGUAUUGAGAGCACAGGCAGUGCUGCCUUUAACGCUCCAUGGACAGCUCUCCAUGUGCCCGUAGUCAAUCUCAUUGGUUUCGGGGGACCCAACGGAAUGCCGGUGGGAGUGUCGCUGGUUGCUCCCCGUUACCACGACCGACACCUUUUGACGGUCGCCAAGGCUGCCGCAAAGAUUUUUGAGUCGGAGGGUGGAUGGAAGUCGCAGCUAUAG